GAAAAAAAAGGUUCUAAAUUAGAAUUGAAAUAUGAACAAAUUAAACAAGGUGAAUUUCUUCUACUUUUUGCUGGAAUAGGAGCUGCAAGUGCAUUAGCUGGGGGAAUAAGUUCAAUUGCAAAUACUAUUAUAGAAAGAAAACAUAAGAUAGCAGCAGAAAAAGAAGAAGAAAAACAUAAUAAAGAAAUGGAAAAAAUUGUCAAUAAUGUUAAAACAUUACAAGUUGGAUCUGGAAUUAAAAAGAAGAAAAGAUAUUGUAGUACUCCUUAGUGAAUGAAUGUGGAAUAUUAAAUUUAAAUAAUUCUGAUCAAGAAGGAUCACAUAGGGUUGCAUGGAUAAAACAUGAAAAUGUAAACAUUUAUUUUGAUUCUUAUGGUAAUGCUAAUCCACCAUAAUAAUGAUUAAAAUAUUUAGGAGAAAAUAAUCUUGAAAUAACAUCUAGACGAUUUCAAGACCAUAAUGAACCGCCUCUUUGUGGAUUUUUGUGUAUGGAUUUUAUUAAAAAUUAUAAAAAAUAUACCUAAAUUAUAAAUCUAAAUCUUUUUUUAAUCAGGUUUCUGAUUCAAAAAAUGUGUUCUUAAGUUAUGACAGUUUUUAAAUCUUGUUCAGAAGUAUCAAUAGACCAUUCUGCACAGAUCUCAUUAACUUGUUUAUCUAGAACAAUUAAAUGUGCAUUAAUAUUUGCUAUGUUUAAUGAAUAAAACUUUUGAUAUAUUUCUGGUAAAUAAUGAAUCUUUUCAUAAAUAUAAUCACCUAAAAUUUCAAAAGUAGAAUUAGAAUAAUGCAUUGGAUACUUAAAAUAAAAUAAUUGUUUUGUAAAAUCAAAGGGCAAGUACUGAUCCCAAGAAUGAAAGUCAACAUACUUUUCUUUAUUAUUAAAACAAUUAUUCACAUAUCUUUAUUAUAAAACAAAAACUUUUUUAUUUUUUUAAUCUUUUCUAUAAUAAAUGGAAAUUAUUUUUAUAAAUAUGAUUAUUCGAUUACAAUAUAAAACAUAGGAAGCAACAUCAGAAACAAAUUUUAACAGAGAUGGUGGUGUUAUAACCUUUAAAAUAGAAGGUUCUGAUAGUUUUCUCAAUAUUAAACAUACAAAAUAUAAUAUUAGUGGAAAAUACAUAAAAAAUAACAAUACUGAAUAUGAAGCUAAUAGUAAUGUUCAAUUAGAUGAUAAUUUUGUUGCAUUUUUAUUUUCACAAAUUUCAGUAAUAAAAAAUGGAACAUUAAUAGAUCAAAUUGAAAACGUUGGUAGAUCAAGCAUAAUCAAAGAAUGUGUUAGUUAUUCUUUAAAUGAAAAUGGACCAACAAUUAAUUCUGGAUUUCAAUCAAGAUUUACAGGUGGGGGAAGAUUCGAAGAUGUUGGGAAUUUAUAUAAUCUAUGUUUAGGUUUUUUUAAAGAUAUUAAAUAUCUAAUUUUUAAAGGAGGAAANUUGAGAAUUUUAAGAUUACAAUCUCAUCAGUGGAAUAUCAAGAAAUGUAUGAAUGAAACCAAUUUAUAUGGUAAAACAUUCAAGAGAAAUAUUGCAAGUACCUAUAAAAACGUUCAUAAUCCAUUAUUUGUAAUUGUAGCUUUCUAAACUAAUGGAUUAGAAACUCAAUAAAGAAAAGCUUCUGUUUUUGAUCAUUGUAAUGUAAAAAAUAUUUGGCUAGAAAUUGAUAGACAGAGAUAUCCACAAAAAUCAUUAAACUUAGAUAGGAAAAAUGAGAAAUUUUCAUUUGCAUAUGAUAUGUAUAAGUCAUAUAAGAAAACAUUCCAUAAAACACAUCAAGAACUUUCUGAGAUGUAUCUUACACCUAUUGAAUUUAAAAAAGCAAGAUUAAUGUAUGUAUUAAAUUUUACUAGACAACUUGAUAAUGUUAGUGGAAACAGAAAUAAUAUUAUUUUGAAUGUAGAAUUUAAUGAGAAUGUACCAAAUGGUACAAUUUGCUAUAUUUGUUUAUAUUUGUUUCAAGUUCUGAAUUUACAUAUGAUAUCGUCCAAAACACAAUUAGAAAAACCAUCUAAAACUAUAAAAAUAUUUUUUAAUUGAAAUAUUCUAUUAAGAAAGAAAAAUUAAUUUAUUUUGUUAAUAAAUAUGGACAAGAAAUUUUUAGAACCAAUACACUGUUACAAAUGCAAAAAGAAAAAAUUUUAAACUAAUCAAGGUUCAAACAACAAAUGGUCUCUGGAGAAUUUCAACACAAUGUUUAAAAUGUAAAACAAACAAAAGUAAAUUUAUUAAAACUCCUUUAGGAAAAGAAACAUUCUCAAAAAUAAAAUUUGAAAAAAUAACAGAACAAGAUAAACCAAUUAUUGCAAAAGAACUUUAUAAACCAGUAAGAUGUCGAUUUCCAAAAAGGAAAAUAAAAACACACGACAUUGAUGAUUUAAUGACUGUAGAUUUAGUCUUAAUAAGAAAUUAUGGUGAUGAAAAUUAA